AUGUCUGCACGCAAACCAGUUGUCGUUAUCGCUGGUGCAUCCAAGGGAAUUGGUCUUGCAGUUGCUUCCAUCUUGCUCAAGCAACUGGAUGCAACUGUCGUCGCUCUUUCAAGGACAAUAUCUCCAGAGCUGCGUGACCUGGCGUCGGACGACCUGUUGACCAUCCAAUGCGAUGUUUCUAAUGAAGCUGAAUUGACAAAUGCGAUCAAGCACGGCCGAGACAAGUUCAAAUAUAUAGAUGGACUCGUACUGAGUGCGGGAGCCCUUGAACCUCUUUGUAGAAUUGGAGAUGAUACCCCUUUGUCGAGCUGGAAGGACCAUUUUGAAGUGAACUUCUUCUCCCUGGUAACAGCCGUUCGAGCUACACUCCCCGCUCUACGCAAUAGCGAGCUUGGUGGACGUAUUGUUUUUGUGAGCUCAGGCGCAGCGGUGAAAGGAACUGCUGGAUGGGGCCCAUAUAACGCGAGUAAAGCCGCUAUGAACAGCCUUUGCAGGACGUUGGCGGAAGAAGAACCAGAUGUGACCUCUAUCGCACUGAGGCCUGGAACGGUCGAUACAGCGAUGCAACAAGCAAUCAGAGAUCUGGGCGGGAAACAUAUGACGCAGUCUGACCACCAGAAAUUCAUACGUCUACACACCGAUAAAAUACUUCUCAGGCCAGAAAUCCCCGGUCAUGUCAUUGCUGCACUUGUUUUACGGGCUCCGAAGGCGUUAUCCGGCCAAUUCGUCAAUUGGGAUGAUGAGUGUUGUGAAGAUUUUCGUUCAGAAAAAUGA